AUGGCAUCCCGGUCCCUGGUAAACACCACCCGGCACAUCCAUAAAUCACUCUCACGCCCACUCCCGACAUCCGCCCGGCUCAUCGGCCUCACCACAACACACAAUGCACGCUUCACUUGCGCACCGCCGCGCAAAUCAGGCGUGGCGUCUAAUCCCGCCAUGGCAUUCCCGUGUCUAGACGCCCUGGAAACGAGAUCGGCUACCCUGCAAGCAAGUCGGUCUUCAUCCGGCCCAGAGCCAAGCUACACGUCUGGUCCUACUGAGAUAUUCGACUGUAAAGAUCCCUUACUUCUUGACUGGGGUGGCAUAUUGCCAGAAUUCACAAUCGCGUACGAAUCAUGGGGUGCUAUGAAUGCGGAUAAGUCGAAUGUCAUUCUCCUGCAUACUGGUCUUUCUGCGUCGUCGCACGCUCACUCUACGGAGGCGAAUCCCCAGGCUGGAUGGUGGGAGAAGUUCAUCGGGCCAGGAGCACCGCUCGACACGGACAAGUACCACGUCAUUUGUACGAAUGUCAUAGGCGGGUGUCACGGUUCCACGGGCCCGAGUAGUAUCGAUCCCGGGAAUGGGGAGCGGUACGCAACCCGGUUUCCUAUCCUCACGAUGCAGGAUAUGGUGCGCGCGCAGUUCCGCCUGCUCGACCAUCUAGGCGUCGAUAAACUCUACGCAAGUGUAGGAUCGUCCAUGGGCGGGAUGCAGUCCCUCGCGGCAGGUGUGCUGUUCCCCUCGCGUGUAGGUCGCAUCGUCAGUAUAUCAGGCUGCGCGAGAAGUCAUCCAUACAGUAUCGCCAUGCGUCACACCCAGCGCCAGGUGCUGAUGAUGGAUCCCAACUGGAACCGCGGCUUCUACUACGACGCCAUCCCUCCCCACGCGGGCAUGAAACUCGCCCGUGAAAUCGCAACAGUCACAUACCGCUCCGGUCCAGAGUGGGAGCAGCGCUUCGGUCGUCGCAGAGCCGAUAACACGAAACCACCCGCCCUGUGUCCCGACUUUCUCAUCGAGACAUAUCUCGACCACGCCGGUGAGAAGUGGUGUCUGAACUACGACCCCAAUUCGCUUCUAUACGUCAGCAAGGCAAUGGACCUGUUUGACCUGGGCCGCGAGAACCAACAGGCCACCAAAUCCAGACGGGAUAUCCACACAGAGGACAUCCAGGCCGGCACGUACACCACCUCCGACGCCUCAUGCUCGCUCACCCUCCCGUCAAAGCCGUACGAGGAACAACCGUCCUCACAAGUCGAUACCUCUGAACCCCUGGAGGCGGGAUCCUCGCGCCCCCCGCAGGAUUUGGUGCUGGGCUUGUCGGCGCUGCGGGAUACGCCUACCCUGGUGAUGGGCGUGGCGAGCGAUAUUUUGUUUCCCGCGUGGCAGCAGCGCGAGAUUGCGCAGAGCUUGAGAAUAGGUGGGAAUAGGGGCGUGACGCAUGUGGAGCUGAGUGAGGAGAUGAGUCUUUUUGGGCAUGAUACGUUUUUGUUGGAUUUGAAGCAUAUUGGUGGGAAUAUUCGCAUGUUUUUGAAUUAG